AAUAUUCCACAAUCUUAAAGUAAACGAAGAGAAGCCUCAUUUUAAGUUUUUAUUCCUUCCAUCUCAACAAAUUAAUAAUACUUGAAAAAACAUUUUCUAAAUUUUUGUUUUGAUGAAAAAAUAAAUCUUGAGUAACAACUGUAAAAAAAAAAAAGAAGCUUUUUUUAUACAUACAUUUAUAAACAACUAAACACUGUUCACUAUACCCUUUUGACAAAUUUCCAUCUUGUUGUAGGAAACCAUCAUAUGAUGUCUGUGGCACUGCUGACUCACAUAUGUCUGAUUCUAUAAGACAAGAUAAAUUAAUGUACAAAAUGAAACGUUUGAUAUAUAUGAGGAGUAAUACUAAGACAAUACAGUAAAACAUGCAUACAAUAAAGCUCAUAAAUGUCUUUUUGACAAAUCUGGGGGAUGUUUCUCCACAAUAACUGAUGACAAGAAAAAGAGCUAAUAAAGUAUAAAAUCAGUUAAAAUGGUGACAUGGUUACCUUAAGACAAAAAAGUAACAACAGUUUUAUAUAAGAUACACAGACAUUCCUAAUGUUGGACUCUAUCUCAUAGAAUGUGCACUUCAGAUUUGUUUUUGUCUCGUAAUCAAUGAUCUAUCCUAAACAUUUUAAUUAAAGAAGUUACUUUAUUGUUGUAAAAAUAUAAGAUUGUUUUAUAAAAGUCAAUAAAUCAAUUUAGUUGUUGAUGAAUUCAGUGAUGAAUGAAAAACAGCUUAACUUGUAAACGGCAAUUCAACUACUGAUUUAUCACAAAAACAGAUGUCAGCUAAAAGAUUUUGGAGAUAACAACUUCAUAAACACAUUUUUAUUAUUACCAUUCUAUAGAUGGUUUGAAAUAACUCUUUAGCUUUGUUUCCUGGUCCCGGUCUGUGAUGACAGACGUGAGACGUUAGAGUUCAUGGCAGUGAGAGGACAGCUGAGUCUGUCAGAGAUUUUCUUCUUCACUGGACAUCAGGCCUGGAGUGUGUCAGAGGAUUGUGUCUUCACCUCAAACUCUGAAGCACUCACUGACCCCCAAAAAAGUGUGUAUGUGUGUGUGUGUGUGUGCAAAAGAGAGAGACACACACACACAGAUAAAGAACCUGUACAACUAGAUGGAAAUUAUUUCACUAGACAGCUUUAAAAAUGCUGAAUUAAAACUUAAUGGGAAACAUUUAAAAUGGUCCUGUUGCAGAGACAGUUAACCUGAUCUUUGAGGCUGCAUGUAAAACCCCAUUAUGUGAUUGUUAAAUAACCUCCACAUCCAUCAGAUGCCAGGUGUGGCCAGAACCUUAUCAGCGUUGGUGGUCUAAAAUCCUGAGUAAAGCCACUGUGGGCCACUACAUAAAAUACAUGUGGAACAGCGUCUGUGUGUGCUGCACGCCUGAUAAUUAAAAACACUUUAGAUUUACAUCUUUUAUUAUUUAUAUUUAAAUACAAAAAGUAUGUUUUUGUGAUGAGUGGUAUUUGAGAAACCACUAUUUGUAUGCAAUGUUAUUUCAGUUUCAGGUAAAUAAUAAUUCACUCAACAAAAUAAUGACAGAAGCCCAUAACAUAACAUAACAACUUUUUGUAUAUAUUAAGCUAAAACCAGAAAUUUAUAUUUGCAUCUGACAGAAUCGAUUAAAAUAAUUACAUCCUAUAUCCUAGAUUAUCAGCAUUCGAAGAGAUUAUUUUCUUUCUUUCUUUAGGUUAAAAAGGAUUCAAUAUGCCAGAUUUAGCUAGAAGGCUAAUUUUCAUCUUUAGUCCCUGGCAGGAUAUUACAUUACAGAGGUCAAUCUAACAAGAAGUACAAAAACCAAUAGAAAUAAUAAUACAAUACACCACAAUAAAAUCAAAUACAAACACAUUGUAAAGUGCAACUUAUUAAGAUAUGGUGUUUAAAGUGCUAUUUAUUCUAUGUAAGUAAGUGCAAUUCAAUUAGCCUAUAAAAGUGCUUUUCAGUGCAGUGAAGUGCUGCAUAUUGUCGGACUAACAGGGUGAGACUCAGCUGCAUGACAUUGUCAUUCCCUUACUGCAGCUGGUAAGUUGUUCCAGAUCUCAGUAGCCUUAACUGACAAUAGCCUACAGUUUCUCCAAAUGUUGUGCGUCUGUAAGGUAACCUAGGCCUAUACACAGUCUCGUCUGGUAGGGGUUACAUUUCUGCCACUUCUGAUUGAUUUCAGUUAAUAUGUCUAUUCAUAAUGGGGGUGGAGCAAGUCCAUGUAGCCUAAGAUCUUAUAGGCUAUAAAAACAACCAAAUCGUCUAAUUCAUUUAACACUAAUUUAAUUUGUUGUUGCAGCUGCUUGUUUUAACUUCCCUUUCAAGCUAAACUGGUGUUACUGACAGAUUAGGCUAUAUGAAUCCAACAGGCUAUAGCCAACUUUACACGCUGGUUAUCUUUGAGAGUUAACACACCUGCUUCGCUGCAACAGAGCCACUUUUCCUCACACUUAAACUGUAGCCUUCCUUAGCAGUGUGAAUAUUUGUUUCAGCAUCCUGACAGGUAGCCAAUGGGAGCCCCCUGUCGCACGAGCCCGCCGCCUUCCCGGCACCGUGUCCCGCGCGCCCAUUGGACGGACGGAUGAAACCCGGGGAACUCGCACACGAGCCGCUCGCGUGCAGGCUCGGUCUCUAUAAAUAAAACCCCAGGCGCUGGAAACAGGAGCGGAGUGGAUGUCAGCUUGGCGAAGAGACAGAAGUCACUUCUGACAUUUCUCAUCAGUAAAGUGCGCUGCAGGGAGAAGGCGGGACUCGUUGCACCGGACUAACUCUUGAUUAGCCGAAUAUUUGUCGUUCUGUUAUUGAUAACGUGUUUUUUGGGACUGUUGCACUGUUUGUAGGCUAUUUGUUAACCUAAAGAUGCCAGCCGGUACUUUAGAGAGAACUUCUCCAUCCACUGUGGCUGCCACACCGAGUGGAGACUCCGCACCCGACAAACCCCGGACCCUAUCAGAGAACAGAAAGUCCUCCAAACCAAUCAUGGAAAAACGGAGACGCGCGCGCAUCAAUGAGAGUCUGGGCCAGCUGAAGACCCUCAUCAUGGACGCACUCAAGAAAGAUAGCUCCAGACACUCCAAACUGGAGAAGGCAGACAUCCUUGAGAUGACUGUGAAGCACCUCAGGAACCUGCAGCGACUUCAGAUGACUGCUGCUGUGAACACAGACCCAUCCAUUCUGGGUAAAUACAGAGCCGGGUUCAGUGAGUGUGUAGGAGAGGUCACUCGUUUCCUGUCCACUUGUGAAGGGGUGAACACAGAGGUGAGGACUCGCCUCCUCAGCCACCUGGCGGCUUGCGUGACCCAAAUCAAUGCUGUGAACUUCUAUACACCUCACCCAGGUGCACUGGGACUUGGACAGACUGGUACACAGCUCCCAGCUGCUUCUGCUCCACAGAUGCCUUUCAAAAGUGGCUCAGCGAUGCCCGUCUCCUCAGAAGCAGUGAAGCUGUACGGUGGCUUCCAGGUUAUGCCCACACCGGAUGGACAGUUUGCUUUUCUUGUUCCCAGUGCAGCUCUCGUGCCUCUGGGUGCACAAAACAGCCAUCACAUGUCACCUGCUGCACCUCCGGUCACCUCAGACUCUGUGUGGAGACCGUGGUAGGAAAUCAGCUUAAGGACUAUCACACAAUGAAACAUAUUUUUGUACAUUUUGUAAAUGGUUUCAGAUCCUUCUUGAGAGGGAUGUUUACACACGUUUUUUUAUAUGGACAUUAGGAUAUUAUGUGAUUUUCUCUGUUUUUGAUAUGGCACAUUUCAAUUGCAUCAGGAGGUCAAAGAAAAACUCUUGAAAAAGCACUGUAUUUUUUGAGAUUAAUAAAAUGUUUAUAUGAUGUUUACUACA